GACGGGCCUUUCCUCAGGAAAACAUAUCACCUUCCACCACAAUAGAGCCCGUCAGGAAACCACAGGCAGCCACAUUGCUCUCUUGAGCCACCGAGUACUUUCGGACACGCUCUCACACUCAUCAGUCACACACACACUCGCACACACUCCACAGCCUGGCAGCCUGCACAGCCAGCACACUCCAGGAUGACAUUGUAUUGAAACACUGCAAGGCAAUCUCAUCAGUUUGGAAAAAUCUCAAGAGCAACCAUGCCCAUUCUGAAGAAGCUCCCAGGACGGUCCAAGACCUGCCCCGAGUUUCCCAGAGCCAACGGAGAACUGAUCCUGCCCCGGCUGGACCUGGACCUCAAGGACUUGAAUGAUCUCAAUGGUCUGAAGGAGCUGAACGACCUGAAGGAUCUCAACAAGAACUUAAACCCCUUCGAGGAUGUGGACCUGUACGAGGACGAGAGGAACGCAGGUGACAUGGGCCUCAUCAUGAGGGAGGUGAAGGGGAACCUGCAGCUCAGGUCCUCCCGUGAUGGAGAAGAGGAGGAAAACGAGGUGAAUGCAGAGAGGCACGGGGCAGGGAAUCUUAAAGGGAAGCCCCUCAGGGGGACCCUGGAGCGAAUCUGUGGAUCGUCGCCCCUCAAAACCCUUGGAAAACUUGGGAAGGGGCUGCGCAUAUCGGGACGCAGUGUAUGGGGGAACAACUCUCCUCACUUCAGCCCUGGAAACUCAAACAGUCUCCCAGCAGAGAGGGAGAAAAGGAAAGGACUACGCAGGGGCUCCGAAGGAAUUAUGACCCUGCUCCGAAUAACAGGUCGGCGUAAGGAGGAGCGCAGAGAAAGCCUGCCCUGCGGAAACCUGAGCACAUACAGCGAGGCGGAGGCGUCUAGGCGGCCCUCCUUCCUCAGGAUGGUCAGUCUGGGCAAGCUGAAGAGGGAGUCCAUGUCAGACAAGGCGUCCCAAGAGACUGAGGAGGAAACAGAUGAGGAGGAGCCGGUGGUCAAAACCAGAGAGCCUCUCUCAGUACUGGAGAUCCUGCAGCUGGUCAACCACAGGGACCUUCUCCUGGCUGACACACACAUCCAGGAGCUGGAGCGGGAGUGUGAGCUGCUGUCUCUCCUUCCCAUGAACUCUACUCCCACAAUGACUCCUACCCUUUGUCCCAGCACCCCUCCUGGCAUGAGCCCCUUACCAUCCUUAUCCUUAUCCUUAGAUGAGGCCCUUAGCUCCAAUGCAACACUGGAUUCAGGUCGGCGGAAGGCUAAGGAUGUGGAGCUCCUCUAUGAGGCCCUGCAGAAGGAGAUGUGGGACGUAGUGCGGGAGUCUCUACGCCAGCCGAGCGCCGGCCCCAACCUUGGGCUGGUGGUGCUGGUGGUCCAACAGGAGGAGCAUGCCGAUGCCUCCUGGGCCCUGAGAGAGGCCACCAAGCCGGAGCGAGAGAACCCCCAGAUCCAGCCCAGCCAGCGUCCUCGGCGACUGAAGAUGAAGUGGCGGCAGGCUGUGAUGGAGGCCGCCGACUGGAGUCUGCCACAUCAGGUGGACACCCAGGCGGGCCAGCUGGCCUCAUACCUGGAGCGCCUGAGGGGUCGGAUGGUGGAUGACCUGGAUGCAGCAAGGAGAAAUGCUGUAUCCAUUUACCCAGAGGAGUUUUCUGCCUUCCAGGUGUAUGUGGAAAGUUACCAUCGAGCCGUGGCCAAACGUCUUCGGACAAUCACCAGCGGGCCGCUGCAGAUCACAGACGUCUACUCUUUACUGGACUGGUUCUACAACAUCUACAACAGGGAUGUCCUCGGAACCAUUAGCACAACCACACCCAUCAACUAUACUCCACUGGAGCCCAUUCUGCCCCAAGACACAGUGGAGAGGCUGGAAGAAGACUGCAUCAGCAUUGUCAGGGAGAAGGUGACAAUCGAGCUGAUUCAGGUCCUGGAUGAUGAGGAGAGGCGAUGGGCCCAGACUCUGCACAUAGAGGAGUAUCAGUCCCAUCUAGCACGCUCAGUCAUCCAGAGGUUGAAGGUGGACUUGGACAGAUCUACAUCUGUGAACCAGUUUCUAGGGGCAAGAGUGGCUCGCUGUAGUCUCAUUGGACUGGCUGACUUUCUCUACAAUUUCCAGAGGAAGAUUGAGAUGUUUCAUGAGACUCAGGCAGAGUUCGGAGACCGAGGGGACGGAUAUGUUUCCAGGACCAUAGCUCUGGUCAACUGCUGCCCUCCUCUCAGAUCCUUAGUGGAGCGCUGCAGGCAGUGUGACCCACAAGGCAGCGAGGAGUCUGCACAAAGAGCCAACUCCUCCCUGGACAGGAUCAUCAACCAGUCAGUCAGGGUCCUGACUGACAGGCUGUUUGAACACAUCAGGCCUUUCUUUGACAAACUCAUAAAGAGAAAAUGGCUGAACAACACAGAGGCCUUUGAGGCCAUUGAAGCCAGCAUCAAACAACACUUCAAGAAGUUUAGAAGGAUGGACCCUCCGCCUUAUCAGACCCUGGUUGGAGAGGUGCACCGGCGGGUCCUGGUGGAGUAUGUCCGAGCCAUCAUGCGGGGACGCGUCAUCUGCACAUCCUCAAAGAUGAGGAAGAGGAUGGCUUUCCGCCUGCAAGAUGAGGCCAAACAGCUGAAAGGACUCUUUAAGGAUCUGGAAUCAAGUUCGUCCUGGUUGGACAGCAUCAUCUGCCACCUCGCUGACAUCAUUCUCCUGGAGGACACUCCCUCCAUCCAGAUGGAGGUUGCUGUGCUGGUGAAAGAGUUUCCAGAUAUUCGGAAGAAGCACGUCUCCACCCUGCUCAAUGUUAGAGGGAUGAUGCGUCAGGCGGAGCGCCAAGAGAUCCUCAACAUCGUUAAAGACUUUGAAUGCAGCAAUGCCCUCAUGUGCAGGGACCACGCCCUAUUUUCCGACAUCCCCAUCACCUCAGAGGUGCACUGCAUCAGCCUGGGCAUCCUCCGCCUCGCCAUGACCAUCACCAACUGGUUCUCAGAGCACCGCCCCCGACUAAACCGCAGGACAAGUGGCAGAAAUGCGGCACUUCAGCCUGCUGAGAGCAUGAAUAUGGAAGACACCAAUAAACUUCACAGAGAAGACUAGGCUAUUGGUGUCAGAGCAGUCACAGAUGAACUGUGAAGAUGAUGAUGAGAUGUACAUGCACCUUGACCAAAAAACUGAUUGUACCAAAUAUUGUUACCAGAAACUUGACCUCAGGUACUGCUCGUACUGUACACGCUCACUGACUUACUGACAUUUUCUCCAUCUCCACAUGUGCAUUUUUUAAUGGAAAUGUGAAACAGACUGUACAUCAUAAUAAUCACCAUGAUUUCUAGUAUUUUUAUGUGUUAUGAUCAACAAGGGCAGGGGUCGGCAACCUUUUCCAUGAAAAGAGACAUUUUUGGCCAAAAAACAGAAAGAAAAAUCCCUCUGGAGCCGCAUCUUUGAGCCUUAUAUUGAAAGUAAUUUGCCAAUUUCUCGCUGCAAAUCACUCAUCGUGAAGCACUGGCAGUUCAUGUAAAUGAAUCUGUCUUUUCUGUUGUAGCUAGUUUUGGCAAAAAUGUAUAGAAGAAUAUAAAUGGUGAAGAGCCAGAUGGUCAUAGGCUACGAUGCACAUUUCAGUCGACUAAAAUAUAUAUAUUUUUCCUGUCUAUAGGGUACAUAUUUUUACAAUUGUAUCAUAUAAGAAUAACUACAAUGAUGUGGAUUAAAUUGUAGACAAAUUCAAUAUAUUAUUUUUUUUUGUCAAAGCAACAGUGAGCCACUGCAGAUGGCCUGAAGAGCCACAUGUGGCUCUGGAGCCUCAGGUUGCCGACCCCUGAACAAGGGGAACCAGACGGAGCCAGUAGUUAAACGGAUAACAGAAGGCUUUAUUGUAAUUUGCAAAUAUGAGGUUGAGAUAGUGGGAAGCAGUGGUGACGGAGGGUGAUGAAGGUUGAUGAAUGGAGAGGCAAGGUCGAGUUUGGUUUGUGUUGAGCGUGGCAGGCAGGAAUGCAAAGGAUCUGAGGCACAGGAGAUCACUGUAGUGUGGCUGAGAGCACUAAUGCUAUGCAGUGCCACGCCCCAAACACAAAGACAAGAAAGAGACAGCAGACACCAGAAACACAGAGAAACCAGACUGUGGACUGUAGAGCUGUGCCCACAACAUUAUGUUGAUCUACACAUCUACAGAAGUAAUCAAGUGGUAUCAAAUAUCCUCAAAAUGUAACUUCUUCAGUCCUUUUUAGCCUUGUAUUACCCCUCUUCAAAGUAAUAUGAUUUGGGAUGUUUUGUUGUUUAAAGGGCAGGUCCAUUAUUAUUAUUAUUUUUUUUCUUUAAGGUUUUUUAUAUCAAUCUGUAGCUUCCCAGUAGUGUUCCUUAGGUGUUCAAAUCCAAAUAUUCACAUGUUGAUCAAGUAUGUAUGUUUUAGCAUCAAAAUGCUAUUUUCCCAAUCCCUUCUCAAAAUGUUAUCCCACUUGACCUGCUUCAUAUAUAUCCUUAUCCAUAGCUAUUGAGUGCUACCGACGGCGGUCGAUACGCUUCUUGUUUGGAGAAGUAUUGAAGUUAAGCUGCUGUGGACAUCACUUUAGUUCUGAUCUGAGAGCAAAAGUCACACAAAUACAUAUCAAGCUGACUAGCUAACUAGCAACGGACCAACAGCUCCUGUGUUCUGCAAGGUGAAACUACUGUUUAUGCCAGAAGAGUCUUUAAUAAAGCCAUGUGUAGCCACCUCAAAAGGAAAAAACUAAAAAAAAAUCUUCAUCAAUUUCAGUGUAUGUUAUAUAAAGAAUGUUUUCACCCUUUAACCUUGCUGUCAGACAGCCCUUUACAACAGACAACUGAAGCAGUUAUCUGUGAUUUCUUCAAAGUUUUUGUCUCCUUUGACAAAAACACCAAUUUCACCUUGUAGAACACACGAGUGGUUAGUUUGUCUGUGUUACUGUGUGACUUGUGUAUCUACUGUGACGCCCACGACAGCAUAUUCUGUGCCAUUUUCAAACAUUUGACUCAGCUGGUGCUAGUGUUCACAGCCUACUGUAGUAACCUCCAUGACUGCUUUUUGCUGAGGCUGAGCGGGCAUUUCCAUUUAGAAAACUUGGAAAAGAACGCAGAUGGAGUCGGCCGUUAACAUGUAUUUACCCAAAACUAUAUAUACCCAUUCUUUGGUAUAUAGACCACAUGUAUGUGAGGAUAUAGUGUAUGGAAAUGGAAAUGUGUUGAACUCUUGACUGUGAAAGAAAUGGAUCUGUUGCUGGAAACAUAAUAAAAACCCAUUGACUGGGUCGACGAAA